AUGAAGUUCGGAUCCGCAGCACUUGCUAUCCUCCCCCUUUCUGGAGUGUUUGCCCACCCUGAAAGGAUGACUGAGGAGGUUCGCAGGCAUGAAGCUCAGAUGAUCGGCCGCUCCACAGACAAGUGCGCCUCCGCUAUCGCGAAGCGCAAGGCAGACAUCAUGGAGAAACGCGCGCAGUCUCUCUAUCGCCGCCGCGUCGAGUCCGGAAACAUUUCUCCUAACGAUAUGUCCAAGCGCAAUACGCUCCAGUACCAGGAAAUCCAAAACACUACCUGCGCUCUGGCACCUGACACGAUUUGGGGUCCUUACGGUGUCGAUGGUGAGAUGGUCCGCCAUGACCUUCGGGAAAGCCAAGAAGGAAUUGAUUUCUACUUUGACAUUGGCGUCAUUGAUACUGAGACUUGCGAGCCGAUCUCUGGCGUCGCACUGACGAUUUGGAAUUGCAACGCCACUGGCUUCUACUCCUCCUUCACGGGAGUCAACCCGGACACCGUAGAGCUCCUGGACGGAUGGACCAAGCGCGACGACGGUACAACCGAUGACGAGACUUUCUUGCGCGGUGUUCAGGUCACGAACGACGACGGCAUGGCUGAGUUCCUGACUGUUUUCCCUGGCUACUAUGUGACGAGAACUACGCACAUCCACAUCACCGCUCAGGCCAACGUCACGAAUGGCACACUUUACUCUCAGUCGGCGAUUCAGCACAUUGGCCAAUUGUUCUUCGAUGAGGACCUCCUGAACGAUGUUUACGAGCUUAGCCCCUACGCUGCGCACAAGGAGACACUGAACCGCACGACCAAUGCUGAGGACUCGCUGUACAGCUCUGCCAAUGGAGAUGGAUACAGCGCCAUUAUUGAUGUUACUCAGCUUGGCGACAGCCUGGAGGAUGGCCUUGUCGGAUAUAUCACGGUCGGCAUCAACUCAUCUGCUGCAGCAAUUGCCAGCGUCGGGGAGGAUGUGAACCCCCAGGGUUGGGUUCCCACCGUCAGCGUCUCGCCUGAGAAGGCGGCCCAGGCCACGGCCAUUGACCGAGCUGAUGGUUACACGGAGUAG